AUGGGAAAGAAGAACAAAGUGAAGGAGAGUGGAGUCAAAGAGCAUUGCUCCUCGACACUUUUUGUGUCCAACUUGCCCUAUUCCUUCUCCAAUCCUCAGUUGGAGGAGACGUUCAGUCAGGUUGGACCUGUGAGGCGCUGCUUCAUGGUCACACAGAAAGGGUCAGCUCAGCAUCGUGGUUUCGGAUAUGUACAAUUUGCUGUUGAGGAAGAUGCCAACCGUGCUAUUGAUCUAAAGAACGGUACAUCUGUUGAAGGUCGUAAAAUUGUAGUGAAGCAUGCAAUGCCUCGUCCUCGCCGUGAGGAACGACAGUCAAAACCAAAUAAAGUGGACACAGCAGAUGAUCACAGAAAGCCAAAAGAUGAUGAUGUAAAAGAUAGCAAAUUAUCUGAAGCAAAGAAACAUGUUUCAGUUUUGAAGGAAGAAGAAGUACAAGUCACAAUUAAACAGAAAGACUCAAGGAAGCCCAUAGAAGUGAAAAAAUCAGCUCUUUGUAAUGAUGUAGUAGAUGAGGGUGGUUGCUCAGAAAAGCAGAGGGUUGCCAGAACUGUUAUAUUGGGUGGUCUCAUUAAUUCUGAUAUGGCUGAAGAAGUUCACAGCCAAGCAAGAGAGAUUGGCACUGUGUGUUCUGUUAAGUACCCUCUUUCAAGGAAAGAUCUCGAGCAACAUGGUCUCAUGCAAGAUGGCUGUCCCAUGGAUGCUUCGUCUGUAAUUUAUACAAGUGUAAAAUCAGCUCGAGCUUCUGUUGCAAUGUUGCAUAAAAAAGAGAUAAGAGGGGAAACAGUUUGGGCCCGCCAACUGGGUGGAGAGGGCUCCAAGACUCAGAAAUGGAAGCUUAUUGUCAGGAACCUUCCCUUCAAGGCGAAAGAUAAUGAAAUAAGAGAUAUGUUUUCAUCUGCAGGAUAUGUGUGGGAUGUCUUUAUUCCACAAAAGUCAGACACAGGCCUGUCUAAGGGCUUUGCAUUCGUAAAAUUUACCUGCAAGCAAGAUGCCGAAAAUGCCAUUCAAAAGCUGAAUGGAUCAAAGUUUGCAAAAAGAGUCAUAGCUGUUGACUGGGCUGUUCCAAAAAAGAUAUUUAGUGGUGAAAUGCAUGAUACUCAUGCACCAGAGAAAGGACAACAAAACAUGAGUGAUGAAGAUAGUGACGAGGAAGAUGUUGAGCUUGUUGAUAAAAAAUCUGUUCAAGGAGAUGAUAAUGAUACAAGCUACUCUAGUGCCAUGGAGGAAGAGGGAGCUCCGCCUGAAGAUAAUUUUGAUAAGGAAGCAGACAUUGCAAGAAAGGUUCUUAACAACUUGCUUGCAUCCUCAAGCAAAGGAACAUCUGAAAACAAUGAUUCUAUGUUUUCCAAAGAAAACAUAGAGUUAAGAUCUGAUAAAAUUGUUAAGGAUGCAGAGGAAAAAGUAUCUGAUGACUCUGAAAAGGUUUUAAGUAUUUCUAAGCCUGAAAUUUCCAGCGGAAACAACUUAUCAAAUCCUAAGGGAACGGAAGAAGAAGAUUUGCAGAGAACAGUUUUUAUAAGUAAUCUUCCCUUUGAAUGUGAUAACGAAGAAGUAAAACAACGAUUUUCUGCGUUUGGGGAAGUAGAAUACUUCGCUCCUGUUCUCCACCAAGUUACCAAGCGACCAAGAGGGACUGGUUUUCUUAAGUUUAAAACUGUAGAAGCAGCUAAGACUGCAAUUUCAACUGCUAUUGCGGCUUCUGGGACAGGUAUUUUACUGAAAGGUAGACUAUUGAAAGUUUUAAAGGCUUUGGAUAAGAAAUCAGCACAUGACAAGGAACUGGAGAAAGCAAAAAAUGAGGUUCAUGACCACCGGAAUCUUUAUUUGGCAAAGGAGGGACUUAUUCUAGAGGGAACUACAGCUGCUGAAGGGGUUUCAGACAGUGAUAUGUCAAAACGCCAAGAUGCCCUAUGUUAUGUUGCAUUUGGCCUUGCAAAUGUUGUGGUUAAAAUUCUAUCUUGCUCAAGUGUAAUUUCUUCGGCUGGUGUUAGUGCUCAACAUUAUUUAUGGAAAUUUCAUAGGUUGGAGAGGAAAAAGAAGACAAAGCUUCAAUCUCCAAAUUUUCAUGUCUCUAGAACUAGACUCGUUAUCUACAACUUACCCAAGUCAAUGAAUGAGAAACAACUCAAGAAGCUUUGCAUUGAUGCGGUCAUCUCUAGAGCUACCAAGCAAAAACCUGUAAUUCGACAGAUAAAGUUUUUGAAAAAUGAAAAGAACGGGAAGGUUGCUCAAGAACGCUAUUCACGGGGAGUUGCCUUUGUUGAAUUUUCAGAGCAUCAGCAUGCCCUUGUGGCUCUGAGAAUUUUGCUUUCAUUGACUACAGAAACAUUUGGUCCUGAACAUCGACCGAUUGUGGAGUUUGCUCUUGAUAAUGUUCAAACACUUAAACUUCGGAAGGCAAAGCUACAAUUUCAGCAACAGCAGGCUCCUCAAGAAGACAACAAUGCCAUGGAAAAUGACAAACCUGCCACUGUAGGAGUUCGGAAGCAGGACAGAAAACGGAAGUCAAGAGAGCAGGGUGAACCGGCUAAAGAAUCAGUACUGAAUACAAUGGGUGAAUCAGGUGGUCGUGGUCCACUGGCAAAUGGAAAAUCCCUUCAAGGACACAAAUCCAAAAGACAGAUAGGCAAUAAUAAGAGUAAAAGAGGAUUGAAAGAAAAUCCAGAAGCCUUGUUCAUGAAGCCAAAGAAUAACCAGAAUGGCCAGAACAAUGGUGGUGUAUCAGUCGAAGAUCAAAACACUGCCACUGCCACCAAUAGAAGAAAAUCAGGAAAUAAAGAUGAUGAUACUGGAUUUAGGAAAAGAAAGAUGCAGAAUCAAGAACAAGAAGAAGGCAGUAAGGUUUCCAAGAAACGGCCUAAGAAGAAUAAAGAUUCAGUAGGGAAGGACGUAGUAGACAAGCUUGACAUACUUAUAGAACAAUAUAGAUCUAAGUUCUCACAAAAGGGUUCCCAAGAGAAUGGUGAAGAGAAAAAACCUUCAAAACAGCUUAGGAAAUGGUUUCAAUCAUAG